AAAGUUCCAACCAAUAAAGUAAUCAAUCACAAUAGACUUGUACUACAACACGUUGCUAACUGAUGACCAUCCAUUGCAAGUUGGGUGACUUUGGUCUUUUCAGCCUUCAUGAUUGGAAUCCAAUGGCACUUGUUGCUUCUUUGAUAAAGACUGCAUUUAACUAGCUAUUUGCAGAAUUUUGCUACCACUAUAUCCACACUUUGCUUUAGAGCUCAUCCAAGCAAAACCAGCCCCUGAUCUUGUUCCCUUUUCAACUUUUGCAUUUCUGAAAAUGGCUGAGGCCUUACUAGGAGCUGUGUUUGAGAAAUUGAUCUCUCUAGCUCAGAAUGAAUUUGCAACCAUCUCUGGAAUCAAGGGAAAGGCUGAGAAGCUAUCACACACUCUUGAACUAAUCAAGGCUGUUGUUGAAGAUGCUGAGAAGAAAGAGAUAACAAACAAAUCUAUAAAGGUUUGGCUGCAGCAGCUCAAAGAUGCUGUCUACGUCCUAGAUGAUAUCCUUGAUGAAUGUUCCAUAGAAUCACUUCGACUUAAGGGAUUAUCCUCUUUAAAACCAAAGAACAUCAAGUUUCGCUAUGAGAUUGGCAACAGGCUGAAAGAGAUUGCAAGGAGAUUUGAUGAGAUUGCUGACUGUAAGAACAAGUUUGCUCUGCAAGAGGGUGUUAGGGAAAGGUCAACUGAAGUUGCCGAAUGGCGCCAAACCAGCUCGUUCAUUCCCCAACCUAAACUAUAUGGAAGAGAAGAUGAUAAGAAGAAGAUUGUGCAGUUUCUUCUCAGCCAAGCACGCGAGUCUGAUUUCCUUUCCAUCUAUCCCAUUGUCGGCUUAGGUGGCAUGGGAAAAACAACACUUGCUCAAAUGGUCUACAAUGAUGAUCAGGUAACAAGCAAUUUUGACAUCAAAGUUUGGAUUUGUGUUUCUGAGAAUUUCUCUGUCCAAAGGAUUUUGUGCUCCAUCAUAGAAUCUAUUACAAAAGCAAAACAUGAUUGCUUGAAUUUAGAUGUAACAGAAAGAAAGGUGCAAGAGUUGUUGCAAGGUAAAAGAUAUUUUCUGGUUUUGGAUGACGUGUGGAGAAAAGAUGAAGAAAUAAAAUUUGGUUUAAACCAAGACAAAUGGAAUAAGCUGAAAUGUUUGUUGUCAUGUGCAUCCAAAGGAGCUUCCAUUUUAGUAUCCACUCGCGAUAUGGAGGUUGCAACAAUUAUGGGAACAUGCCAAGCUCAUCAUUUGUGUGGUCUCUCUGAGGAUGAAUGUUGGAUGCUAUUCAAACAAUAUGCAUUUGGAACUGUAAAAGAAGAACGUGCAGAGCUUGUAGCUAUUGGCAAAGAGAUAGUAAAGAAAUGCGGAGGAUCACCUCUUGCAGCACAAGCACUAGGAGGUCUCUUACACUCAAGGAAUGAAGAAAAAGAAUGGCUUGAAGUUAUGAAAAGUGGGAUUUGGAAUUUAGCGGGUGAAAAUUCUAUUUUUGCUGUCUUGAGAUUGAGCUACUUUCAUUUAACACCAACAAUAAGACAGUGUUUUGCAUUUUGUGCCAUGUUUCCUAAAGAUACAGAAAUCAUGAAGGAAGAUUUAAUUCAUCUUUGGAUGGCUAAUGGGUUUAUAUCACCAAGGGAGAACUUGGAGGUGGAAGAUGUUGGCAAUAUGAUUUGGAAUGAAUUGUAUCAAAAAUCAUUCUUUCAAGAUAUGAAGUUGGUUGAUUAUUCAGAUGUUAUUCAUUUCAAGAUGCAUGAUCUUGUCCAUGAUCUUGCUCAAUCAAUAAUGGGGCAAGAGUGCAUGGUUUUGGGCAGUGCAAACAUGACAGAUUUGUCAAGAAGCACCCACCAUGUUGGUUUUGGCUCUGAUCGGGAUGUAUCCUUGCUGCACAAGCGCGCCUUGAAGAAAGUUGAAUCCUUGAGAACACUUUAUCAAUUAAAUGUGAACAGCGGAACUUCUGGUUGCUUCCCAAUACACUGCAUCACUCUACGGGUAUUGCGCUCAAGUUCUUCCAACUUAUCAUCACUCAAGAGUUUGAUUCAUUUGAGGUAUUUAGAACUUUCCGAGCUUGAGAUAGAAACCUUGCCCGACUCAAUUUAUAGCUUGCGGAAAUUGGAAAUCUUGAAGUUGAUUAAUUUGAAAAAACUUGUUUGUCUACCUAAAGACUUGACUUGCUUACAAGAACUUAGACAUCUUGUCAUUGAAAGUUGUUGUUCAUUGUCUUGUAUGUUCCCUAACAUUGGAAAAUUAUCCUAUCUGAGAACGUUAAGUAAGUACAUUGUCUCUUCAGAGAUAGGGCAUAGCCUGACAGAAUUACAUGACUUAAAACUGAGAGGAAAUUUGCGCAUUGAAGGUCUAGAAAAUGUUGGCAGUUUAUCAGAAGCUCAAGAUGCCAACUUGAUGGGUAAAAAAGACGUCCACAAAUUAGAGUUGAUAUGCGACAAGCUGUUUCACACAAAGCCAUAUGCUACUAAUCCGGAGCUAGUACUUAAUGCGCUUCAACCUCACUCAAAUCUCAAGAAUUUGAGAAUAGAAUACUAUGCUGGAUUACAAUUACCGACCUGGAUGGAAAUGCUCACCAAUUUAGUUUCUCUAAAGCUUUAUGGAUGCGAGAUGUGUGUGCGGCUUCCCUCACUUGGUAAACUACCAUAUUUAAGAAGAAUUGAAAUAAGUGAAAUGAAAGAUGUGCAGUACAUGGAUGAUGACGAAUCUUAUGAUGGUGUGGAGGUGAAAGCUUUCCCGUCAUUAGAAGAACUCUCACUAUGGCGGUGCUUAAAGUUAGAGCGGUUGUUGAAAGUGGAAAGAGGAGAGAAUUUCCCCUGUCUUUCUUGUUUGGAAAUUCAGAAAUGCCCUAAACUUGAGUUACCAUGCAUUCCAUCACUGAAAAUGCUCGAGUUAAGUAAUUAUACGAAUGAGUUACUGAGGUCACUCUCAGGUUUCAAUGGCCUUACCUCCCUUUGGCUUUACGAUGGCGAUGUAGACCUGACAUCCUUCCCGGUGGGAACAUUGACUUGUCUUCAGACUCUGUCGAUAUCUGGUUUCGAGGUAUUGAAGGAAUUACCAAAUGAAAUCUUCAAAAACCUCAACAAUUUGGAGCAUCUGAGCAUCUGGUGGAGCAGCGAGCUGGAGUCUUUACCAGAGCAAGGGUGGGAAGGUCUUCGCUCCCUUCGAACUCUGCAGAUUGUGGGAUGUGGUGAAUUGAAAUCCUUGCCGGAUGGUGUUCGACACCUCACUUCACUCCAGGUUUUGAGUAUUGGUAACUGCCCAGCAUUAGCCGAGAGGUGUAAAGAGGGAACAGGGGAGGAUUGGGACAAGAUAGCGCACGUUCCCAAAGUACAAAUUGAUUUCGAAGAGGACUCAGACUCAGACUGAUUCUGAAUUCGGCUUGUAAUUCUAAUUCAACACCAAUUUGGUUACUCUGCUAUUUCUGAUUCAAUUGCUUAAUGCUUUUUGGUUUUUCUGGUUUGGAGUUGGCUAUAAAUACAAUGGGGGAGUUGUAUGAGUUCACCAGCUUGGUUCUGCGUGCAAUUCUACUGGUUCAAAUGUGUACACAAGAAAGAACUUCAAUGCCUAAAGAACAUUGAAAUAUCAGCCAGAAGAAGAUGUGGCUGAUGUUAUGCCUGCAACCCUUGCUCAGGUAUGUGCCUAAAGAACAUUUUAAUAUCAGCUAAGUAUUUGUUUUAAUUGAAUACAUAACUUCAACCAGAUAUAAUUUUGAAGAAAGUGGUAGUGGUCAACACAAAAGCCUUUGCUUAUAAAACUUGUUGAAAUUCAAUGUUCUUGGAAACACAGUGGAAUGUGUGGCAAAUUUUCUAUAUCAUGAACUCUGCUGUUUGAGCGAUGUACCGAUUGAAAUCCUUGCCGGAUGGUGUUCAAAACCUCACUUCACUUGAGCUUUUAAGAGAGGUGUGGGGAGGGAACAGGGGAGGAUUGUGAAAAGAUAGCGCACAUUCCCAAAGUAGAAGUUAUUGUAUAUGAAAGAUAGUGUUUAUUCUUAUCUUAGCUGCUCCCAAUUCGGUAAGCUCUCUCUUCUACGUGUAAUUUUGCCUAAUUUGGUUGCUCUGUUAUUUCUGAUUCAAUUUUUGGUUAUUACUUAUCAGACGUCUUUGAUCUUCCCUUUGGUGACUGGAUUCCCUGGCAAGCUAGCAAGAGCAUCGUUGAAGAUAGUUGACCAGCUCCCAAUAGAGUGGAAGAACUAUCUCCUGCAUCAGUACUCAAAAGAACCCUUCAUAUGGGGAGGCAGCCAACCAAGGGAGAGAAGCUUUAUGCAUAAAAGCAAACUGUGAAAUUGAGCUUGCUCUCAAUGAAUGUGUGACGAUUCUCAAUCAUAUGAGAAGACUAAAAAGAUAUAGUGAGAGAGCUGCUUCUUUCUACUUCUCAUGGUUUUUCCAGUACUGUCAAAUUCAGUGCUUCAAGAAGAAUUCCUUCAUGGAAUUGCAUUGUGGGAGAGAAUUUCAAAGGUCAAAUUCACUCUGUCUAGCAUACUGGUAACUGAAGGUGAUCAUUUGCAGCUUGAAAGGAUCCAUAAUGGAUUGUGUAUAAUGUUGUUAAGAGAGAAGGCUUAAGACCUUCAAAUAGGAGUCAUGAUUUUGAACUUACAGCAAUGAAGCUGCUGAGCGUGUCCAAAUUGAUCUCCAAAGAAAGAGAUUGAUGCUGCUAGCUCAACUUCUGAAUAUGAAAAUGAUGAGUCGACACCAGCUAGGUUCCUCUGACACAGAUGAUAGUUAGUUCAAAAGAUAAAUUCUUUUUCAUGCUUUUUAUUUAAUAUUUUGGUUGUAUUGCUUUCUCCAUUGUAAAUAGUAAGAAAUCUGGUCUUGGAAGGUCUCUAUUCAUGAUUUGACUGGCAUGAUUCACCAUUUGGUUCCUCACUAAAUGUAAUUAGUGGGUGUUUGGAAAUACAAUAUAUUUUUCACAUUGGAAAAA